AUGGGGCAACAUGCCGGCCCACCUACGAGUGCUGACCUAAACUGCAGGGGGAUCACUUACAUUGCCUCCAAUGUGUCAGAGAGGAUCCACGCUAUCGGAGAGGAGCUCGCUACGGGGAAGUAUGACCUGGUCGCGCUACAAGAGGUGUGGGUUGAAGCCUUGUACGAGCAGCUGGUGUCCCAGGUGGAGGAUGUGCUUCCCUACCAUCACUACUUCUACAGUGGCUGGAAUGGCAGUGGUGUGUGUGUGUUCUCCAAACAUCCCAUAGUAGACGUGUACCAGUACCGGUUCACGCUGAACGGCCACGCACACAAGCUACUGCAUGCCGACUGGUACGGCGGGAAGCUCGUGGGGCUGUGUCGUAUACAGUACGCCGGGACAGAGAUCAACUUCUACGCCUCACAUACCCACGCCGAGUACAACCCUGACAAUGAUGAGUACAAGGCACACCGAGUGUCACAGGCCUUUGAACUCAGCCAGUUCAUACGGCACAUGAGUCAGUCCGCAGAUGUGAACAUUUUGGCGGGAGAUUUGAACAACCAGCCGUUUGAACUCGGGCUGAAAAUCAUCCAGUCCAACACUGGGAUGGAGGAUGCCUGGCCGUCAGCGGAACAUAAGAAUGCUGAUGACUCCGGCAUGACGUGCUGGUGUUCAGAGAACAACUAUAACUCCGGCUGUCCCGAAGCCCCCAUGAGGAUCGACUAUGUCUUCUACAAGGGGUCUGCCAGGUGCAGAGUGAAGUGUGUCCACUGUGAGACCACCAUGCACAAGGUUCCCGGAAAACCCUUCAACUACUCCGACCACGAAGGCGUAUUGGCACACUUGGAGCUGGAGAAAGUUUCAGAACCAAGUGAUGACAAUCCAGGAGACACUGAGCAUCUUCCCGACAUUCCGUUACGCGAUGACAACCUCCGAGAAGCCGUCACCAUCAUGGACGAGGCCAUCAUCUCUACAGCAUCCGUCCGCUGGUUCUACGCAGCGGUCCUGUUCCUCAGUGUCCUCCUCCUCCUCCUCCCCUCCUCCCUGUCCCUCCCCAUCCUCCUCACAUCUCUCACCAACCUGCUGGCGGCUUUCGGGAUGCUCUGGAGCUUCUGGAUGGGCGCGGUCGUCACGGAGACGGAGAGGAGGGGUCUCCUAGCAACCAGGAGCAGCAUGCAGGUUCUGCUGGCCGGCAGUGUGAAGAAAAGGAACUGAGGUCUUUAAGCUAACCCGAGUCCUGCUAUUCUCGACUAUUUUCAAUUUGCACAUACAUGAUACCUGUAUCCAGGUCCUGUAUUAUUUAAUAUGGGUUUGGGGUAUCUCUCACCUAAAUGCGGCACACCACAGCAAAGCACAUCGAAUGGGGAAGUAAAUCUGCCACAGCAGCAGCACAGAAUAUGUCAAGUUUUACUGAGCUGACUAGUAAAUCAGCUUCUCUUUCAUGGCAGGGUAUUGUCACUCUCUCUGAGGAGCCCCUCCCUUAAACUACUCCAGACUCUUUUGCAUCUUGCAGGCUGUGGCCAGGUGGGGCCUAGGUGCUUAGGGGGGUUAAAUUGGCCCAAAAAAUCCCAGCAGGACAAGGGUUAAGAAGUGUCUUUUAUGCUGCACCAAGUCACUCCUACAUGGUAAACACUAGAGCUAAAACUGAACAUGGGAGAAGUCAGUUUUGUUUGAUGAUUUACA